AUGAGGAAGGAGGGCGACAUCCACAACUCGACGUGCAAGCUUUGCCCGAGCUGGGGGUGUCGGCGCGAGUGCGUGGGCGGCAAGAUCGACUCCGUGGCCACCGCCGAGCAGUUCCGCGGCUGCACGCACAUCAAGGGCAAGCUAGAGAUCAGCCUGAGGACCAGUGGCGGGAACACAUUAUCGGUAUUGGAGUCAGCGCUGGGCGAGAUUAAAGAAAUCGAAGGGAGCCUGCAAGUAACGCGCUCGUACCCGCUGGUGUCGCUAAUGUUUCUAAAAAAACUGGAGAAAAUCAUCGGCGUGUCCACGGCCGAGCAUAAAGGUACCGCCCUUCAUCAUAGACACCGCCACGCCCCAGGAGCCACGCCAAGAAGAUUCUGUACCGUACUAAUAUAGUAAAACUCAAUAGUUAGUAGAUUAGAUUGAGGUCAAGUGUUGCAUAUUAUCAACAACAAAAAUCUGGAGUUGUUGUGGGACUGGUCAAAGGGUAGAACGAUUAACAUUACCGGGGGGACCCUGUACAUACAUUCAAAUCCAAAGUUGUGCUACAAUCAGUUACUGCCGCU